GAACUCCUCUUCCAGGUGCAGGACAGGACACACUGCUAAGCAUCUGAUCUGAGCCCGACAUACCGAGAUACAGAUUGCAGUCGCUGCCAAUUACCCCUUCCUGUGGCAUCUCGCAGCCACUGCAUGCGGAUAAGCUGCAGGUGGCACCCAAGUAGCUUGUUGCAUUGUUGCGUCCUGUCUCGAGAUCCGGGCUGGGGAUUUUGCUUUGCCAUGUCUGGGGUACUGGACUGGCAUCAGAGCGUUCUUGGGGAUUGGGGUUGUGAUUGGUUAGAGUUGUUUGCUGUGGUGGAAAAGGGGUGUAGUUUGCACCGGAUGUUGGGGAGUCAUCGUCUGGAUGGUUACUCUUAACAUACUAUGUACUAGGAUUGAGGUUGUACUUUCUUACUAUAUACCCAGAUAUAGGCGUUGACGGGC